AAAGUUACAAAAGUGGACGGACGCGGGGCAAAAUCUUUGGAGUUUUCCGGAGUCAGGGAGGUUGUACCUGCAUCGCUGCCAUUACAAGAGCCAAACCAAGUUCAUUCGCAGCAAGCUUUUCAACGAUGGGUCCCUCCACAGAUCAACCGACUUCAAUAUCGUAAUGAUGAAGCGGUUUUUCGACGGGUCCGAGGGAUCCUCAAUAAAUUAACUCCGGAUAAAUUUGAAAAACUCUGUCAUGAACUGCUUGGUGUUGGUAUUGAGACCAAAUAUAUACUGAAAGGGGUAAUACUGUUGGUUUUUGAAAAAGCUCUCGAUGAACCAAAGUACAGUUCUAUGUACGCCCAGCUGUGUCUGCGGCUUAGUGAAGAGGCACCAAAUUUUGAUGAUCCUGGAAAGACUGGCAACUCAACAUUCAGACGUUUGCUGCUUAAACAGUGUGAAGAAGAAUUCAACAAUAGAACUAAAGCUAGUCAAGCUUUUGAUACGAAGGAUGGUCCACUUACACCGGAAGAGGAGGAACAGCGGUCUAAUACCAAACGAAAAGUGUUGGGAAACAUACGUUUCAUUGGUGAACUUGCUAAGUAUGACAUGUUGCAUGAGGCCAUUGUACACAAGUGCAUCAAGCAGCUGCUGGACAAAAAGAAGCGUGCAACCGUGGCAGACAUGUCAGAAUCCAUGGAGUGUUUGUGCUACUUGAUGCGAACCGUGGGGCCAAAACUGGAUAUUCCCAAAGCUAAGCCCUUGAUGGAUCAGUACUUUGAGCGAAUCCAGCAGCUCUUAGGUCGCAGCGACUUCCCAGUGCGUAUCAGGUUCAUGAUUGAAGAUGUCAUAGACCUUCGAAAUGCUAAGUGGGUUCCACGGAAGUCUGCUCAUGAGGUAGGACCCAAGGUGAUUCAGCAGAUACGGCAAGAGGCUUGGCAGGGUCAUGGUGGUCGACCUGGUUAUUCUGUGCCUGCCCAUGGUCACAUGCCAAGAAACACCCCACCACAUGCUCACGGCAACUGGAUGAAUCGUGCUAUGGGAGGAGGUAGCAGGAUGUCAGAGCCCCCUCAGAGCCGCGGAAUGAAUGAUGUAUUUGUCACAGACAAUGGCUUCCGUCCCUCAGGUCCACGGUUUGAUGACUUUGGUCCAGGUGGAAUGCCAUCCGACAGGGCUGGGUUUGGCUUAAGAUAUGAUGAUGAUGAUUUCAGUCAGUUUGCUCCUCGAGACCCCUGGGCUGAUCUGUCAACAAAGCAUAGCACCAUGCCAUCCAAUUCUAUGAUGCCAAAACCAGCUGGAGGUGCAGGAUGGAGACCAACAUCGAGACAAAAUCACAUCAGUUCAGAUGGUGAGAUAAGUUUGAGGCCAGCAAGGGAUUCAAUGGCUGCUUCUCAAAGGCCUGGUUUUACUGGCAGAUCUCAAACUCCACCAGCUCAAAAACCACUGGAUCCUUUAAACAGAGCUGCUGCUCCACCCAUAAUGGAGAAGGCAAAGAAACCAAAUAAGCAGCAGGCAGCUUCUACAGCUGACCUCUACAAGCAAGUGGAGAACAUUGUUGCUAAUUUCUUGGAGGCCAAGGACAUUGACGUAGCAACAAAGGCUGUAAAGGACAUCAAAGGCCCAAGGUACCUGACAAGUCUUGUGAGUCAGUUGCUGACAGCAAUUCUUGAUACGGAGGAUGGUGAAUGUUUCAACAAGUUGUUUGUUUCCUUGCACAAGUCACAGUUGUUAACAUCAGAUGUCUUGAUCAAGGGAGUCUCUGGUGUCUUGGAACAGCAUCAUGACACAGAAGAAUCUGAACUGAAAAUCAAGAAACAAAUGGCACAGUUCAUGGCUAAUGCUGUGACACAGGAAAUGUUGAGUUUAAUUGAUGUGAGCUCUGUAGCAGAAAACGGGAAUUUCUACCCAACUCUGUUGCUGUGUCUGAAGGAACUGGAGACCUUGAAGGGACAGGAGUGGCUAAUGAAAGAAUUUACAGACAGCAAAUUAGAUCUGCUGUCUUCUAUGCCAGAGGAAGACAGAACGAGUGAAAAUUUCAUGUCUAUCCUGGAGAAACAGAACCUGGUAUUCCUGUUCCCACUGCUUCAUAUUCAAGCUGAUCUUUUCUCCAAGAUCGAGGAAGAUCCCAGCGUCACUGCAAUCUACAAGUGGGUCAAGGACAAUGUCGACUCUUCCUGGCACACCAAUCCAGAGUUUAUUAACGUACUCACCACUUGCUUGCUGAAGUACGCAACCAAAGACAGUACUCUCGCUGAAGGCGUGGACACAUCACAGGCUCCAGAAAAGGACUUGCUAGACAAGGAGAAAGCCACUUUGAAGAAAUUACUGCCAUUAGUGGAAAAGUUUGUUCACGAGAAAAGUGCCUUGCAAGUCAGCGUGUUGUAUGCAUUGCAAGUGUUUUGCCACAGUCAUAACUUUCCUAAAGGCAUGUUGUUGCGUAUGUUUGUGUUGUUGUACGACACAGAAGUUGUGGAAGAAGAAGCGUUUUUGAAGUGGAAAGAAGAUGUAAGCGAGAAGCAUCCAGGCAAAGGAAAAGCUCUCUUUCAGGUGAACGCAUGGCUGACGUGGUUGGAGACCGCUGAUGAGGAGGGUACAGACUCAGAAGCCGAGUAACCAGGCCUGCACCACCCCUUAGAGGAAAAGAAAAGUAAAGAAAUCUGUCACACGCCCUGUCUAACGCAAAUAAGAUACUUGAGAGAGAAAGCAGUAAGAAAAAAAAAACCAAAACCAAAAAAUUGAAAAACAGUAGAAAAAUACAGUAAAUAGGGAUUUUUAAUUAUCUCUUUUUCCAGAAGUAAUUCGUUUCAGACUCAAGCAACUUGAUCUAGUUCAUUUCACAUGUUACUCAUAAAAAUACGAGCAGUGUUGCUCUGUUCUGCCUGUUUUGUCAUGUUCCCCUUGUCAGUUACCUCUCUAACGUAAUUUACCCAUGUACAUUUCAACGAGGCUACUUUUAAGUGCUAAGCAAAACUCCACCGCGACAAGGCAACGUCUCAAAUAUGUAGCUGAAGCCUUUUGCACACAUGCAUUACUGUUACUGGAAAGCAAACCCUUAUUAACGCGGCUCCAAAAUGUUUAGCUUUAAUUUUUUUUUUCAGUUAACUUGCUUGCUAUUUGCGUACGAUUACAGUACGGCUUAGUGAAUUUGAAUUUGUUUGUAAAUCUCUCUGUAGAUUUUUCGACUGUAAAUUCUAGUCUCCAGUUUGUUUAGUCAGCCCAGGUAAUGACUAACUAUUCUACUUGUUCCAAGUGAACACCAAAGGAAAAAAAAACAACAACAAACCUAGCAGAGUUCUGGUAA